AUGAUUAGUUAUAACUUACGGCGUUUACUAUGUCCUCUAGCAAUCGUUAUAUUAUUCUCAUUUCUAAUCGUUAUGAAGUUAUUCAAUAACACACUUAAUUCUCAUCAAUUACCAUUAGCAGAAAUUGUUGCAAUUUCUCCGCCGCCAUUAACCUUUGAACAGCUUGAAGCAUCCAUAGAAAAUUUACUCGAUCCGCAGUCAUCGUCAAAAUCUCAUCAACAUUCUUGGAAUAAUCUAAUGUCAUUAUGGAAAUAUAAAUUGUCAAUAUUUAUGAGAGAUUCAUGUCAAUUAUGUGACGCAAAUCGAACGGAAUGUUAUGAAACAGUAAAUAUCGAUAAAUACGUAUCAUCAGUGAAUGACACAUACUAUCCACGAAUUCCUAUACCUUAUGUAAACGGUAUUGGACUUUAUUAUUAUUUCGAUAUGCAAUUAAAAGCUUUAAAUAAUUCCAUUUUGUCAGUCGAUACAACUCAAUGUGAUUAUUUUCAUAUGAUACAACUCAUGAUCAAUAUUCAAAUCAUACUCUAUGAUGCAAAUAUCAAACAUUUUUUAACAAAAGGUACACUAAUUGGCACGCUAAGACAUCAUGACGUGAUUCCAUGGGAUACCGACAUUGAUUUGUUUAUACCAGCCUAUACGACGAAAAAAUUAUUAAAAAUGUUUCAUCUUUUGGAUGUACGAUUCACCACUACAGUAUUACCGUCGACAUCAUAUACAAACGAUUUAAUUAUUUACCCGUUUCGAAAUAUUUAUCGUGUAACAUCGUAUAAAAUAUUUUCAUCAAGAUCGAAACAAGUCAAUGGGACAAAAUAUCGUUGGCCUAAGAUAGAUCUCUUCCCCUAUUACGAAAACAAAACACAUUUAUCUGCAUAUCCAAAACAUCGACAUAAUUUAGGCACAAUGGAUUACAUUUUAAAAUCGAAAGUCUAUCCAACAUAUCUAAGACCAUUGGGACCACUUCUAGUCCCAAGUCCAUAUGAUCCUAAAGUAUCGUUAAAAGCUAUGGUAAAAUUGGGCUCAAAUAUCUUUUAUGCGUGCGAAGGUAAUACGUUUUUACAUCGUGAAAAUCGUAGAUCAACGGAAACAUGGCGUUUACCGUGUAAAGAAUUGCGAGAUUCUUAUCCGUUAGUGAACAGUCAAUAUGAUCAACAUCGAAACAUAUGUACAGAAACGUUAUUAUAUCAAAAAAAAGUAUUAUCAAUGUUCAAAUAUAAAUGUAAAGAAAAUUUAAAUAGGACAUUGUGA